CCAAACUCAGUGUAAUUUAGGAGAUUUUGGCUUUAGUCUCUCAGGGUAUGUUUUAAUCAUUUCCUCAUCUCCCAGUCAGGAGGGGACCCUCCAUUCAGUAUCUUUUGAUCUUGUGCUCUCUGCUCAUUACAGGUAAGGAAUUCACAUCCCAGCUGUGGCCAUGAGGAUCCUUUACCAGCUCCUGGUUGUCCUCUUCCUGAUGCUCCAAGGGGCUGCAGGUCAGCCCUUCAUUCGACGUGAUCCUUGUGAGGCCCAAAAUGGACACUGCACCCCAGGGAUAUGUCGUCGUCCAUACUACUGGAUCGGAACAUGUCGGAAUGGAUUUUCUUGCUGCAGAAGGGGGUGGUGAAGCUGAAUACUCCCUAGAUUCCCCUUGGAAAUCCUUUCUGCUUCUAUCCAAUGGCUUCUGAAACACCCUGACCCAUCGCUCCUGGU